AAUCAGAAGUCUCUAUUCGGGAUCGUUACUGUUAGGAUUCUUUCUUCUUUACUUGUACGACACUUGUUUAAACACUUGGAAAAACAAGAUAAUUAGUAUCCCUAAUCUAGAGAUGGCGGCGACACUGAACUACAUACUCCCACUGUGGAUGAUAGUUCUGGUCUUCGUUGGCUCUGCAAGGUGUAAACCGGUGAAUGGUAAAACGAGUGGAGUCCAGAAGCAACUCCAGACCUCCGAGGAUGAGAGCACCGUGGAGGAGGACAUUCAUAUUGACCUGAACCCGUUUCUAGAAAACAUGAAACAAGAGUUUCUGAGGAGUCUGAAUUUAUCCAGAGUGCCACAUGAGCACAACAAAGCCGAUCCUCCUCAGUUCAUGCUUGAAUUGUACAACAGGUAUACAACUGAUAAGUCCUCAAUGCCACAGUCUAAUAUUGCUCGGAGCUUCAAUGUUGAAGAUACUAUCAUGUCAAAGGGAACAGAUAGUGAAAAGCAACACUUGCUUCUAUUCAACAUUUCCAUUCCAAGCCACGAGGAGAUCACCAUGGCUGAGCUGCGGUUAUAUACUUUCCUUGAAAAUGAUACAAAUGAUGUCCAGGCCAGAAUAAAAGUGUAUGACGUGGAGAAUAAUAAAGACGGGUCAACGCUCCAUUUUCUUGCAUCCAAAGAAGUCAACAAAAAACAAAAUUCCUGGGAAACAUUUGAAGUCACGAAGGCCAUCAAGCGAUGGGUAAAAUCUAGUCAAACCACAAACACACUUCAAGUACAAAUUGAUCGCAUGGGUGGCAUGCCUUUGGAAGGCGGGAGUUUAGAUGUCAGUGUCAGCUUUAAAAACAAUAGCCUCCCAGUGUUAAUCAUUUUUUCAGACGACCUUAGAAAUGAAAAAAAAGAUGAACUUAAAGAAAUGACCCUUCACGAAGAAGAAAGUGUGUUUAUGGAAGAGGGUAAUACGGAUUACAAUGAAGAUAAGCCCCCAUCUAGGAGAAAAAGAAGUACAAAGCCUGACUUUUGCCAAAGAAGAUCUCUUCGGGUUGAUUUUAACGAGAUUGGUUGGGAUUGGAUAGUGGCACCAAAAGAAUAUGAAGCAUAUGAAUGUAAGGGAGUCUGCUCCUAUCCCUUGGGUGAUAAUCUCACCCCCUCCAAGCAUGCCCUUGUCCAGACCCUAGUGCAUUUUAAAAAUCCCAAGAAAACUGCAAAACCGUGUUGUGUUCCAACCAAACUAGAUUCCAUCUCAAUCCUAUACUAUGAUGAAAAAGGGCAGCCAACCUUUCAAUACAAAUACGAAGGGAUGCAAGUUGCCAAGUGUGGGUGUAGGUAGUUGUACUGAACCAAAGGCGGCUUACAUCUUCAUUUAAAUCUGUAUAUUAAUGAUGUAAAUUGAUAACUCAUUUCAUUGAGGUAUUUAUACAAUGCAUGUACAGCAGAUUCUUAUUUUAAUAUCAAUGUAGACAUACAAUGGACAUACUAUUAGAUACAGAAGUGUAAAUAUCCACUGCUUUAGUAACAUAUUAAAUGUUGACAAGUUUAAAAAGAUCUAUAGAGUUGUUUAAUUAAUUAAGAAUUGAUCAGUUAAUUGUUAAAUUACAUGUAAGAAAGUAAACAAUACAAAUAAGCCAGCACUUUCAUUAAAAAGGAAUUCCUUUACUGAAACAGCUGACUUCUAUUAAUUAAACGAAAAUGUCAAGAUUGAAACCUUUAGCCCACACACCCAGUGUUUGAAACCUUUAGCCCAGUUCAACUAAGUCAUGGUGACACAUUCAUGCCUUAGAAUUUGUUCAAGAUGAGACUUUUUGAUGUAGUAGUUGACAUUUACUGGCAGCCAUAUGUGGCUUUUAAUUGACUUUUUGCCAGUGCUGUCCCUGUAUCUCCCUUCCGCAGACUGAUAUUUUAUGUAUCGCACUACACAAUGCAUUUGAUUAGGGUGUUUGUGUUUUUGAUUGACAGCUACUGGAGGAGUAAUGGAACAACCUAUAUUGUUUUUCCACAAGAGAAGAUCCAAAGGGACAAAAUUAUAAGUUGCUUGCUGUUGUGAAAUAUCAUUUUGAGCAGUUUGUAUCUUUGUUACUUGAAAAUCAUAUACUUUUUCAGGAGUAUAAAGUAAAUGUUGUCAGUGUUACAGUCAGUGUUCUUUGUGUGUGAUAAUGAAAUUCCUUGUUAAGUGGAAUAACAAGUGUCUUGUUUAUACAAAUCUUUUGCUAUCCCAGAACACCCAAAAAUUUCUUUCCAUGACACACUUGAAAGAUAAGCCUUCUUCUGACUGCAAGGGAGCCACUUCCAUUAA